CGUGUCUUUCCGCUCCGCGCCUGCCGCAGCUGCAGCUCUCAGCUCGGCGCUCGUCCUCCUGGCACAGCAUCACAUUUGUUCACCACGGAGCCGAGCAGAGCCGCGUUUCCCUUGAGAGUUUUCUGGCCUCAGCUUGAACAGAUGUCUGCGGAACCAUUUCGUCUCCGCCCGCCCAGUCAUUGUGGCUCCGCUUUGAGGAAUAACGCAAACGCUCCUGAAGCUGGAGGCUUCCUUGCAUGACCACAACACCUGGGUUGACGUGCAUGUGUGGCUGCUGCGAUGCUUGGAUUACAGGGAACCACUUCGUCUCCCAAAGUGUAUCGUUGCGUGGCGUGUUCAGCCACCUUCAGCGGAUUGGCCUCCUUGCUAGUACAUCAGGCCACUCACGCUGGUGGACUUUCCAAGGGCUCUGCUCCUCCACAGCCCAGCACCAGCCCACAUGAAACACUGUUUGCAAGUAUGGACUCAUCCAGCGAGCACCCUGGUCCACACACACUCUUGCCUGAGUGCCCAUCACCUGCUUUUUAUAUUUGUGAUUGUGGAGAGGAGUUUCAGGACUUCAGUCUUAUGCUGGAGCAUAAGCAAUCACAUAUCCCUGAAAUACAGCUACUAGGUAGUAGCAGUGUUCUCUCCAGGGAAGCAGGGUGUGAUAAAGGUUUUCCCAACCAGCAUGUAUCAUUCAUUCCAACUGUCACCCAGCCUGGUUUGGUCCUUAGUUGCCCCUCUACCUCAAGGUUUUCAGCUGCCGAACUACCCACAUUAACAGACCAUAAAGCAGAUGUAAGCCUGGAGGACGGCAUUGCCAUAGUAACCACUCCUCAAGGCAAGUGUACACCCCCUCAGAAUGACAGUGUGAAACAACUUGAGAGUCUUGUUGGGGAGAUGUCAGCCACAACAGAGCACAUACCAGAGACUGUAGAGGACAUGCAUUCACAGGACAAUACAAAUUCUGUUCUCAGUAGCAAAAAGGGUGAGAAUUUGGCUGGAAAUAACUCACUAAUGAAGUUGGUGGCAUCAGCAUACAUGAAGCACUUUCCACAUCCUCUGUCUCAGGCUCAAAAUGAGAACACAGUAACCCCCAAACAAGAAGUCGUCCCUGUUGAUAUAACACCAGUAGCCAAACCAGAGGUGACCCCAAUCAAUGACCUCUCUAUUGCACAGUUGAGGCGGCUGCUUGCAAAACCUGGUAUAAAGACUAAAGCUCCGUCCAUCAGCAGAAUUCUUGAGUCCAGUAAGAAGAAGGUUGUCUCCCUGACUAAGACUUUAUCACCUGUCGUGGUUCUUGAAACCCGUCAAAAGCUGAUGGAUGCUGGCAGCAAUGGCACAUAUGGGAGAUAUCAGUGCGGCCGCUGUCGAAGGGUAUUUCAAAACUUGGACAAACUGACAGAGCAUCAUUUCUUGCACAAAAAAGAGAGGAUUAAAUGUUGUCGUCGCUGCAAACAGCUGAUCAUUGGGCGGCUGCCUUUACCUGACAAUCACGUUUGCCCUCAGUUAGGAAACAAGACCUUACAGCCAUCAAGCUCUUACAAGAAAAAGUUACAGUUUGCUCAAAAAAUAGUGCCAUUCCAUAGUCUAAACAAUUCAAAAAAAGUUUUCUUUUGUCCAUUGUGCAAGCACAGCUACGCACGGAGGUGGAACCUCAAAAUGCACAGGUGCCAGGGCCCGAGGUCAGGCCCCCCUCUGCAGGCCGAUCCCUCCGUUCAGAAAAUGCUAGAAUUUAGAUCAAACCAUGAAAUCAAAACAGAUGCAGGGUUUAAAGCUGGAGCUCACAUUUCUAAGAGUGUUGGCGUGGGCACUGAAGUUACUGGUCGUAUCAAGGUAGAGGUGACCUCGCCAAAUUCAGAAGUGUCACAGUUGGCCUGGACCCAUCCAGCAAAAAAAUUCUCACCGUUCUACCCCAAAUCGUCCAUGAUGGAGCCGCACACGGACACCUCUCUGUCUGGGAUAUCGCCCCAGCAAGGAGAAGAAAACAGUAGCUGGGAUGAUGCAGCAGUUGAUGAUGAUGAUGAUGAUGAUGACGGUAAUGAAGGGCAGUGGACAAUGCCCUUGGAUGAUGAAAUGGAGGUGCUUAGCUCCAUAGAGAAAACUGGUAAUGACAGCGAGGUGAAGAAGACUAUGUCAGGCGAACAUGCAGGGACAGCGCUCCCUAGCCUGCGCUAUUUUGUUAGAGAUGGUGUAAAACGCUACCCUUGCAACAGGUGUCAGAAAACCUACAGCCGGCCAUCUACUUUGAGGCGCCAUCUACGGCUGUGCGGAUUUAGGCCACGUGGACUUGGAACUGUAGCACAGAGUGGUGGUCAGGGUGCUAGUCUACUAACUGCCAACAAUAUAAAGCCCAUGUUUGCUUGUUUUGUCUGUGGGAAGACCUUCAACCGCAAAGAUAACAUGAUGGUCCACAGAAAGAAAUGUCAGUUGCAGCGAACAAUGACAGAUGGCGGACAGGUGGAGAGAGGGACUGUGCAGCAGAGUAUGUCAGGCAAUGCAACAGACAGUCAGACCAAGGAGGAUGACGGGGGCAACUGGGGCAUCAUGUCACUGCCCUCAGUACUUCCAAGGAGGGUGACGUGUGAGUGUGGGGUUGGAUUUACAUCCCCAAGGCUUCUCCUGGAGCAUCUGCAGAAGCAUGCGCAGGAAUCCUACACGUGUCCGACAUGUGGAGAGACUGUUAGUUCCUGGGCAGACUACGAAGUUCAUCUGCAGAUCCACAUGCAUCCUCAUCACCAGCUGCUGAAGGGACUACAGCCACAGCGAUCACAGCCAUUAUUACUUCGAUUUCAGCAGCAGCCGCCUCCGCAGCAGCCCCCUCCUCCGGUGCAUCAGCCUCCACAGAAGCAACCACGCACAGAGCCGCCGCCAAAUCCAGCAAAGAAGCAGCAGCGGAUAGUGUGCUCACGAUGUGGCAACACUUUCUCAACUCGCUGUUCCCUCCGAAGGCACAUAUCCUGGAAUCGAUGCAAAGGUGUACGUGCUACAAAUCCCGCAAACCCACCCAAAACCUAUCACUGUUCCCACUGCAACUCUGACUUCCCAAACACAAUCAGUCUUAUGUUUCACCAGAGGAGUGGGGCUUGCAAGCCUGCCAUCAAGCCUGUGCGUUGCCCCGUGUGUCUCCGCUGGUUUGGCACCAUGGACGGAUUGCAGAAACACCUGCUUACUCAUAAACAGUCCGAGUCAUAUCGCUGUGACGUCUGUCAGGGUACAUACCCAAACCUGAAAUCACUCAAGAACCACCGCAGGAGGAUUCAUCGCAUCAUGGCUGGAGACACUAAGCCAAAAACACCAGAACAGCUGAUUUCUUAAUGACACUUAAAAUUUUCUGGAAAAACAAAAAACAAAACGCUAACAUGCGAGUGGCACACAGACCACAUUUUGUUAAAGUUUGUUCUUUCCAUAUGUGCCAAUUGUACUUAACUUGUGUUUUCUUUUUCUUACCCCUCCAGACGUUAUUUAGACACUGUACAGCCACGUUUUUUAUUUUAUUUUUAAAGCUACUCUGAGAGAGUGUUAUAGUAGUUUGCCACUGUAAAAAAAAAAAAAAAAAAAAAAAAAAAGCGUUGGUAUAAUGUACAUUUUUUGUUCUCAAGUUAAUCCUUUUAUUGCAUAUGGGAGCGUAAUGUAUUUACUUGAGAAAAUCCUGCUUUGUUUUUUUUUAAUUAAAGAGAUUAUGAGUUAACGAGAUUAUCAGAAAUUAGCGAGAUAAUAAUCUCAUGAAAUGAUAAAGUGAAUGCAUUACGUUUCGGUAAUUACAUAGCCUCAUUAGCCUGUAAAUGUAGUAUUUGGUAAUCCAACUUUUAUCACAGAGUUUGUGAUGUAGCUUGUUGUUGUUCCUGGUGUUAAUAAACAUACCAGUAUGUGAAACAUG